UGGCGACGGGGGGCGGGGCCUCGGGGGCCGCCGGGAGCCGCCGUGCGGACCCCCCCGUGGGGAUGGAGGGGCGCGGGGAGGAGGCGCCGGCCCCGGAGGUGUCAGAGCCGUCGGAGGACGAGGAGGAGCAGGAGGAGGAGGAGGAGGAGGAGGAGGAGGAGGAGGAGGAGGAAGGCUCGGGGGUGUGCGUGACCCCGGCCCUGCUGAAGGCCUGCACGGGCGAGUUCUCCCUGGAGUCCAUCCUGCUGCUGCGGCUGCGGGGCCGCGGCAUCGCCCACCUGGGCUGCCUGGCCGACUGCUCCAACCUGGAGUGGCUGGACCUGUCCGGGAACGCCAUCGCGGCGCUGGCCCCGCUGGCCGCGCUGCGCGCCCUGGCCGUGCUCAACCUGGCGGGCAACCGCGUGGCCAGCGUGGAGCCGCUGCGGGGCUGCCGCAGCCUGCGCCAGCUCAACCUGGCCGGCAACCGGCUGCGCAGCCUGCGCCAGCUGCGCUGCCUGCAGGGGCUGCGGCACCUCGAGAGCCUGCGCCUGCGGGACCCGCUGGCCCGCCUGGGCAACCCGCUCUGCGCCGCGCCCGCCUACCGCGCCGCGCUGGCCGCCAUGCUGCCCGGCCUCAAGGCCAUCGACGGGCAGCGCGUGGCCGGGCGCGGCAGCGAGCUCUUCCGCCUGUGCCGCGAGCUGGACGCCACGCUGGACGGCGGGGCCGCGGCCGAGGGGCCGGCAGAGCCCCCCCGGGGCCCCCAGCCCUGGGUGCAGGCCGGCUUCUGGGAGCCGCGGGCGCCGCGCCGCAGCCCCGUGCUGGAGGAGGCCACGCGGCAGCUCGGGGAGGCCCUGCGGGAGUGCCGCGAGCUCGGCCGGCGCGCCGACGACUCCAUCGCGCAGGCACAGCGCGCGCUCGGCCGCCGGCACGCCGGCAACUACGGCUUCUGAGCCACAGAGGGGCCGGGGGGCACCGCGGGGCUGGGGGGGCUCCAAACGGGGCUGGGGGGGCUCCAAAUGGGGCUGGGGGGCACCCAGAGACACCACAGCCAACACAGGGACUGGGAAACCACCAGAGACACCACAGCCAACACCGGGACUGGGAAACCACCAGAGACACCACAGCCAACACUGGGAUUGGGGAACCACCAGAGACACCACAGCCAGGAGCUCUCAAGUUCUGAGCUGGGGGACUCCAUAUAGGGUUGGGGGCUUCCAAAUGGGAUGGGGGGGGUCCCAAAAUGGGGCUGGGAGGGCACCAGAUGGAGCCAAGGGGCACCCAGAGACAACACA